UAGUUCAGCCGAAUUCGAGGAGUUCGUCGGUAGAUCCGAGAGUGACAAGACUCCACUCGUUUGCUCUCUAAGGCCAACAUCCUUAAGAGUUCAUCCGUAGAUCAAAGAGUGGAACGGACAUAACACAUAUGCCAGCAGACCAACGCCAUAGUCGUUUCCUAUCAAGUUAAUCCUAAGUUAUCAAGGAAGUACCUUCGAUACAUAAGAAGACUACAAAAGCUCCUUUAACAGAGAGUACGCCAGAAAAUCCGAAAGAAGGAAGACGAACUCCACACCAUCUCCUGAAGGCCAACGCCUGUAGUCGUUUCCCGCAGAUUUAAAUAAUGAGUUCAAGUUAGAAAUAAUAGGGAAGAAAAAUAUAAAUAUGUGCCGAUCGAGUCAUACUCCAGAAAGAACUGAAGUAUCAAUCAUAAAGAACCGAAGAAGAUAAAAAUCUCCCAAGGACGGUAGACUCGGAGCGGAGCAAAGGAUGCGUGAUAUUAAAGGAAACGAUACUAACAAACACUUUUCAGAGGAAAAUAGUAAGAGAGAACAGGUAUUUUGUGAUCCCGUACAUGGUCAGAUAAGUUUUGAUUCUCUAUGUCUGAAGAUCAUAGACACGCAAGAGUUCCAGAGACUCCGAUUUCUUAAACAACUCGGAUUUGUUUAUACUGUUUAUCCCGGAGCCACUAAUAAUCGAUUUGAACACUCUUUAGGGGUGGCUUAUCUGUCAAAACAAUUUCUUCUGGAACUGCGGAACAAUCAGCCCGAUCUAGACAUUACGGAUGCCGAAAUACGCUGCGUACAGAUAGCCGGGUUGUGUCACGAUCUCGGUCAUGGUCCAUUUUCUCACUUUUGGGAGAUUUUCAUGGAGAAAUCUAAAGAAAAGAGAAAGAAUGAAACUCAAAAGUGGAAACACGAAGAUGCAUCGAUUAAAAUCUUUAAUUACAUUGUAAAAAAGUACAAUUUGGCUGAUGAAUUUAAAAAAUUUGGAAUUGAUCAACAUGGAAUACAGUUUAUCACCGAUCUUAUAGAAGGACGCACAAGAGACAACAAACGAGCAUUCUUAUAUCAGAUAGUAAACAAUGAAGAUUCUGGACUGGAUGUUGACAAAUGGGAUUAUUAUCUCAGAGACUGUCAUUAUCUUGGCAUUAAGUGUGGAUUUGAAUAUAAACGUCUCAUGCAGUUUGCCAGAGUAAUUGAAGUGAAUGGAAAGAACAUAAUUUGUUUUCGUGAUAAGGUGAUAAGCUCCAUUUGUGGGAUGUUUCGUACCAGAAGCGAAUUACAUCACGCUGCUUAUCAGCAUCGCAUGGCAAAAAGAAUAGAUUUAGUUUUUUGCGAUGCUUUAAUUAAAGCUGACAUCGACGGCAUCGUACAUGCACCGAAUGGUGAACCUUUUAAAUUUUAUGAUUGGACUAAGGCUUUGACUGAAAGUGCUGAAAUUACUGAGGAAGUAAUGACAAAAUAUUGUAUGCUGAAUGACGACAUUGUUUACUUUGCCCUUAAAUAUUCGAACGACACGCAGAUCGGAAAGGCCAUAAAGAUGAUUGAGACACGUUUCCAGGAUUCUAAAUUGUAUCGAACAGUGGCAAGAUGGAAAAUUACCGAUGAAACCGAGAAAGAUGAAGUUAAAAGAAAACUUAUUCAAUACAUAAAACGCUAUCCCGAAAAGACACGUGAAAUGGGCGAACCAAAUCAAACAGGUUCUAAUAUUACUUGUAAUGGAAAUUUCAUUAUUCAGAAUGAAGUUAAAGAACAGCUUAAUGGACAUUUAAGAGAAUCCCAUUCUAAUGAGGAAAACAAGUUGCAGAGACAAAACAUAUCCACAGAAGAUUUUAUCAUUCAGUGUGUUUCCAUUGAUUGGGGAAAAGGAAGCAGAAAUCCUGUUGAAUUUGUCUACUUCUACUCUAAAGAAAACAUGGACGAAGCAUUUUUAUCGGAGAAAGAGGAAUGGAUGAUACCAAAGAUAUUCAGAGACAUUCAGUUGAGCAUUCUGUGCAAUCAGGAAAAUGCAAAAACAUAUGAAAACUUAAAGAGAAUGUGUGAAAACUUGGAUAUAUCAUCCCUGUAAUUGAAAUUUUGUGUUAUUUUUAUAGACUUAUUUUAGUACAAAGAUCUUAAAUAUUUAUUUAGAGUAAUAUAUAAUUCUUAUAUAAAAAUAUUUAGUCACAAAAUUUCUAAAGUAUUAUUUUGUUAAUUUUUAUCUUUAUGAAUGUUUUUUUUAAAGCAAACAGUAUUUAUUUGUAAGAGGAAGAGAUAAUUUUUGAAAUAAAAAAGUUAUAUCUUCCA